GAAAGCGGGAAUAUGAUACUACUUCCGCUGCGAAAUAAAGUUGCAGACUGAAUCGCUGACCAGUCAGUUUUCGAAACGUACAUGUCCAGUGCAGUUCAUCAUCAUGACGCAUAAGAUUUGUUUUGUAAAGGUUAUGUUUCAUAUUGCGGGACUAUUACUUCUGUGUAAUUUUUUAAAAAUUUGUUCUGGCAGACGUAGUUAUCCUAUAAAUAAUAUAAAUAACGAGUAUUCUUCCCAAGACUUGUUUACAUGCUCUAACGGUAAACGCAUAAAAUCAAUAUUUAAAUGUGACAAUGAUAAUGAUUGUGGUGACAACUCUGAUGAAAAUAACUGUAACUAUAAUUAUCCGUACAGACUAUUAUGCUCCAAAAGUAAUUUUAAUUGUACAAAUAGGAAUUGCAUAUCAAGAGAUAAAUUCUGCGACGGAUAUUAUGAUUGUACGGACAACAGCGAUGAAUACGACGGUUGUGAAGAAGACUUAAAAUGCGAGGGUCGAUUCCGAUGUACUAAUGGAUAUUGUAUAUCGAAAGAAUGGGUUUGCGAUGGCAUGAAGGAUUGCCUCGAUGGCAGUGACGAACUGAAUUGCACCGCGAUAGGUUGCAAAAUAGAAAAUCAUCGAUAUCAAUGUACAAAUUUGGAAUGUAUUUCUCUUGAUCUGGUAUGCAAUAACAUAUUCGAUUGCACUGAUGAAUCGGACGAAGAUGGCGCUUGUAACAGUACAAUAUGUUCAUCGGCGGAAUGCAGUCACAAUUGUAUCGUUACACCUGACGGAUCUGUUUGCACUUGUCCACAAGGUUACAAAUUACAAGAUAAUCAUACCUGUAUAGAUAUUGAUGAGUGCGAAAUUGACCGGAUUUGUGAUCAACAAUGCUUGAACACCGAAGGAUCAUACAAAUGUAUCUGUCAGACAGGUUACACGUUGCAAGAUGACAUGAAAACUUGCAAAGCCGAUGGUGAUGAAGCUGUAAUAAUAUUCGGUGAACAACAAAGAAUUCGUGGUAUACAUCUCGAUUCAAAAAUAAGCUUUAUCUUGGCGGAAAAUUUAAAUGAGGUUGCCAACUUGGUUGCUAUGGACAACGAAUACAUAUACUGGUCAGACGGAAGUCAAAAAAUCAUGAAAGGUACCAAAAACGGAAAAAGAGAAAUUAUCCUUACAAAAGGUAAAUACUGUGAUUAAUAAUAUUUGUCUGUUACAAUCAUUGAGGACCAGAGACGAGAAACCAGGGAAAGAGAAACGGAAAUAAUGUUUUCAUUUACACCAUACCGGAAAAUAUUGUCCAUUCUUACAAUAUAAAACAAUAAUUAAAUAAAAGGAAAGUCGCUAAUUCAUAGAAUUAAAAAAUAACGUGUUAUUUAUCAAGCGACUUUACAAGUUAUUUAUUUCAAUAACGAUUUAAUAACAAUGUUACUUUUUUUAUUAAUAAUAGUAGCGGUAACACAAUUAAAUUUCUCGGAUAACAUAUGAAUAUAGUGGUUAGUUUCAUCGUUGCUUCAAACACGUUGAAUACAUGUAUAUGGAAAAAAUGGUCGGGAAAAAAAUUCUAAAAAUAAAUCUUGAAAACUUCUUAAUAAAAGCAACGAAAAUUGUAAAUUAUUAUUUCUUGAAUAAUGAUAAUGAUAACAAAUUACAUUUUUCAAUGGAUGACGACUAACAAUAACAAAUAAUUUUUCAAAAGUAACUUCCUCAAUUCCGAUGACUCAUAUGCAAUGAGUAAUAUAAGAUUACUAUUACAGACUAUUCGCAAACUAGUAACAGAACCAAACGUCGUAUAUAUCAUAGAUUUCACACGUUUUUACACUCAAUGCGAAACCAGUUACCUUCUUUUAAUGUAACAAAUAAAA